AUGCCUCCUAAAAAAGGCACAAAGGCUGCCGCCAUCCCCAAACUUCCCGCAAAGGCGAGUCAAGUCCCCUCCGCACGAAAGGCUUCCAUGGCCGUCUCGACCGUAACCAAAACCACCAUUACCAAGACUACAAAGCGCAAGACAUCCGAGAUCGAGGAAGAAGCUCCAGCUGCAUCCAAGCGAUCGAAGAUCCUGCCCGCUGAAGGAUCUGCCAAACCAAAGUCCAAGCCUGCCACGAAGAAGAACCCCCCUGCGAAAUCUACACCCGCCGUCAAGUCCAAGGCGCCCGCCACAAAAGCUGUUGCUCCCGAGAAGGCCUCAGCUAAGAAGAGAGCUGCCGAGUCCGAUAUUGAGGACCAGCCUGCUCCAAAGAGAGUCAAGACGAUGGCCAAAGUCGCGCCCAAGAAGGCCGCUGCUGUGAAGAAAGCCCCGGUCAAGGCUCCGUCUAAGGUUGCUAAGCCUGCGCCGAAAGGCAGAGCUGCUGGAAAGAAGAACGUCAAGGCUCUCGUGGAAGAUGAAGCUUCAGAUACUGAAGAAGAGGUUGAUGAAAAACCCGCUCCCCAAGCUGCCCCAAAGAAAUCUGCUGCUGUCAAGAAAGCUCCGGCGAAGGCUGCUUCCCAGGCUACAACCGAAACAGCCACCAAGAAGUCUGCUCCUAAGGCGCAAGCCGCCCCCAAGAAAACCCCUGCUCCGCGAAUGGUUGCUGCCCCCAAGCCCAAGAAAGCCCUGCCUAUACUCAAUACCGCUCCUACCCAAGUCUUGGAUGCCUUCGUGUUCGGCGAGGGCAGUGCUGGGGAACUCGGACUCGGUGCUCGCAAGGGCGAAGAUGGCAAGAAGGUCAUCGAUGUCACCCGUCCUCGUCUCAACCUACUCCUCUCUGCAAAGGAUGUCGGCGUUGUACAACUUAGUGUUGGUGGUAUGCAUACUAUUGCUCUCACCAGAGAUAACAAGAUCUUGACCUGGGGUGUCAACGAUCAAGGUGCCCUCGGGCGUGAGACCCCUAACGAAGGCAAGAUGGUCGAUCUCCCAGCUGAAGACGACGACUCGGAUUCAGAUUCAGAUGAUGAUGACGAUUCUGGCUUGAACCCAAACGAGGCUACUCCCAAGGCGGUUGACCCAGCUCACUUCCCUGAGGGCACCAUAUUUGCUUCUGUCUCCGCAGGUGAUAGUGUCUCGUUCGCUCUCACCGAUACCGGCUUGGUCUAUGGCUGGGGUACAUUCCGAGGUAACGACGGUAUCCUUGGCUUCACCCCUAAGGUCAAGACCGCUGCCACACCCAUGCUCAUCCCAGAGCUCAAGGAGAUCGUCAAGCUGGCCGUUGGAACCAACCACGUCCUGGCCGUCAACAAGAAGGGCAAAGUCUUCACCUGGGGCGCCGGAGAGCAGAGCCAGCUCGCUCGCCGCGUCGUCGCUCGGACUGCCGCUGGUGCGCUCGUCCCCCGCGAGUUCGGCCUUGGUAGGAAGAAAAUUGUUCAGGUCGGCUGUGGCGACUACCAUUCUUUCGCAGUCGACGACAAAGGUGAUGUCUACUCCUGGGGUCUCAACUCAUUCGGCCAGACGGGCAUUUCCAAGGAUGAGGAGGAGCAGGACAGCAAUUCUAUCGCUACCCCUACCAAGGUCGAUAUCCUUGAUGGCUACGACAUCAAGCAGAUCGUUGGUGGUGCUCAUCACUCCAUUGCCUGCACUACUUCCGGUCAGGUGCUGGUGUGGGGCCGCGUUGACAACAAUGAGGGUGGUAUGGAGGUUGACGAGAUGCCCAAGGAUCACCUCUUCUUCGACGAGGCAGGCAAGGCGAGAUACUUGAUCAAGCCUCUUGUUCUCCCUAGUAUUAAAGGCGUGCAAGUCUCAUCGGGACCCGACACUUGCAUUGCUGUCGACUCGGACGGCAAGGCAUACUCGUGGGGAUUCAGCGGAAACUAUCAGACCGGACAGGGUCAUAGCAAUGAUGUCUCGGAGGCCGAGUGGAUUGAUAACUCUGCGGUCCGGGGUAAGAAGCUUGUCUGGUCUGGAGUCGGCGGUCAGUUCGGCAUCGUUGCUGGUAUUGCGGAGGAUGUGCCCAUGGUGAACGGCGUCUAG